AAACUAAAAAACCUAUAAAAAAUACUUAUCUCAUCUCUGAAAAGUAUCACCAAAUGUCCAGGUCACUCCCAUAUAAUCAUACUACAAUCUAACAAUACCUUUUCUCAUCCAUAAACUAUAUAUCUUGAUAAGAUGAUAAGACACGUGGCACGAAUCCCACUCAUCUCCAUCUCCAUGCAUCACACAAAAACUACAACACUCUCUCUUACCCAAAAAUUUCUCCUUUCUCUCCAAAUAUACCAAAAAAAAAAAAAAACAAAUGGCUUCUUCUCCAACCCUAAUCACCCCAUGCACCUCAACCCCCAAACCCCUCCUCCCCCCUACCCGAUCAAAGCUCACCACCACCACUACUACCACCGCCGCCGCCGCCGCCACCACACGCCGCCGUGAACUCCUCUCCCUGGCCACCGGAUUCCUCCUCACUCCGGCACUCCUCCUUCCCUCCACGCCAGCAUUCGCCGCCACGGACGACGAAUACGUAAAGGAAACAUCGGAUGUGAUUCAAAAGGUAAGAUCAACUCUCAACAUGGAUAAAACCGAUCCAAAAAUAGCGGAUUCAGUAGCUGAGUUAAGAGAAACUUCGAAUUACUGGGUAGCAAAAUACAGAAGAGAGAAAGCUUUAUUGGGCCGGGCUUCAUUCAGGGAUAUAUACUCGGCCCUUAAUGCUGUUUCGGGCCAUUAUGUUAGUUUCGGGCCUACUACGCCAAUUCCAGCUAAGAGAAAGCAGAGGAUUUUGGAAGAAAUGGAUACUGCUGAGAAGGCUCUACAGAGAGGAAGAUAAAACUUUUGUGUACAUGUUUGCUAAUAUUUUUUGGUAUGAUGAUUUAAAGUUUCUAUAUUUAUUUUUCUGACUACGAAAAUGAAAUUAUAAUGAUGAGGGAGUUGGAUUUCAA